AGAAGGAGUGGAGGCGCCUGGGCGGCGGGCGCCAUGAAGCCGCAGCUGUGUUUGCGGGAGCUGCUGCAUGUCUUCUUCUUGGAGGCCCGAGACCUGCUCUGCGCCGCCCAGGUGGACAAGGUCUGGAAUGAGGCGUCAAGGACCAAGGAACUGUGGAGGCAGCUGUGUCUGAGAUGCUGGUCCUCAUGUAGAGCCUCCCAGAUGACCCUGGGCACACAGACAUGGAACCAGUACUAUCUCUGCUGAUCUGAGCUGGAGUUCCGAAUGGAGUCUGGGCGGCCAGAGAAGGACUUUGUCUGCAAAGCCAUUGCCGGGCACAAAGGAGAAAUAGAUGAGCUGGCCUACAUCUCAACCAACGAGUACCGGUUUGAUGGGCGGGAGAAGUCCGUGGUGUGCACUGUGUCCUCGGCUGGCACCGUGCGUGCCUGGGAUCUGCAUGAGGGCACGGAGAUCUGGUCGAGCCCUCUGCAUCCUGUGGCUCUGCUGAAUUUGGUGACCUACCCUCAGCUGCAACUGGUUGUCACCGUGGACAAGUGGGGACUGAUCAAAGUAUGGAAAGCAGAGGAAGGGUGUGAGCAAGCCUCUUUCUCCCUGCCUACGUACUCGUCUUCAUUGGAGGCCUGUGACAUUCCAGAGGGCCCCCUCCUGCUGGCCGCCUGUGCCGAAGGGGCGCUCUACACGCUGAUGGUGCCGCAGCUGCAGCCACUCUCCAGAGUGAACGUGUUUCCCAACAACCCCACCAGUCUCCUCUGCUCUCCUGACCGGCAGUGGGUGUUUGCAUCAACCCAGAACUCAGACCUGGGCCCGAAGGUGCUCCACACUCACUCCUUGCUCUGCCCGUCAGAAGACAAGCCUCCCGUCUCCGCCACUCUUCCCACCUGUCUGACACGAGAGGCAGCCAGGCUAAUGGUGAUAUACAUAAGUGACAACGGUGUGCAGUUGGCUGUUACCACCUAUGAGCUGGGGGCCAAGAAGUCCAGGGAUAGAGCAGAUGUUCUGGUACAACAGAUCGCAAGUUUCCUGCUGCCAGACACCAUGAUGCCUCCUCACCUCAUGAAGGGCCAUGGCUUUCAGGUGAUCCUGCUCGUGUCCAGAUCGGAGCUGGUUCUCUUCACCAUACACAGCCUGCAGCUGGCAGCCUUUCAGGACCACCAGAGGCCUAUCACGUCCACGUGGGUGGACCAGAGUCGAGUCGUCACCUCUUCCUUCGACCUCUCCUUGCGAGUCUACGUGUGGAAAAAGGAAAAUAAAUGUCCUGUCCUCAAGAGCUGCUAUCAUUUGCUUGGUGGGUCGCACAGAUGGGCCAGUGGAUCUACUCAUGUGGAAAGCAACAGUAUGAGCAUUGUAGGCGUGGAAGCCAGAAACAUCGGAACGAGUAUUCUAAGAUCAUAUUACUUCAAAGUGCAGUGUGGCUGAGAUGACUGCAUCAACUGAAGAUGAUCAGGACAUCUGAUGAGGAGCUUGUCUGCAUACAAAGCCUAAAGUAAUUAAUGCAUGAACAUUGGGAAAGGAAGUAGUAAUCCUCAAAUACUAUGGGCCACACACUGUGUGAUGUGACUUUAUUUUUAAAUCCUGGCAAGAAGGCAACGAAAUGGGUAUUAUUGUCUCUAUUUUUCAGACAAAGAGCAUGAAAUAUAACAGAAGAGUAGUUAACCCAUUGUUAUUCCAUUUUCCAGCUAUCAAGCAAGCUGCCCGGAGGUUAUUCAGAUAUCAUGUAGCCACGAGGGGUGAGUGCAAGACUUUGGGUGCUAGAAAGCCCAGGUUUAAAGUACUGGGAUUGUAACAUAAUUGUUUUUUGUUGUCCUAAUAUGUAACUAAGGAAACCUUUUUUAUCUUCCUCAUCCCUGUUGUGCCCUAGACACACACUAGUGAACGGUUCUCACUGUCAUACACGUGAGUGGUGUGGCGCCACGUUGCAUAGCUGCAGGGAUGCCGCUUUGUGUUUUGUGAAAGUGGCGCCCCUGGAUUUGGUCCACAAGGAAGCCCUGGCUAGUUUAGUGCAUGUAUCUUUAGAGUUCUUAAUUGCAGGUAGCAGGAACAGCAAGCUGGCUCACUAACACCAAAAAUGGAAUUUAUUGGAAAGAAAUAGAGUAGAGCACUGGGUCAGUGUGCAGGCUUGAGAAACAGACUUGACACCAAGGGAAGCCGGGCAGCAGGCAGCCACCAGGGCCUGCUUCAGCGAGGCCUGGCCUAGGCCGUCCCUGGCUCUGCCGCUCGCAGCACCAUUUCCCCUCUGGCUCCACCGUGUUGCUGCCACUGUCCUCCCAUCGCUGUCACUGAACAGGCAUCACUGCCACCAGCUGGAAACUUCCCAGCUGCCCCUGAGGAAGUGUGAUUCUUUGACACUGUAGCGGGGCAGGGUGUGUGUGUGUGUGUGUGUGUGUGUGUGUGUGUGUGUGUGUGUGUGUGUGUGAUUUGCUGACCUGGGUCACAUGCCCACAUCAUCAAGUCCAGGAUGGGAGAGUCUGCCCCUUCAGCUCUAAUAGUAGUUACUGCCAACCAAGACUCACACAAUGAAAAAUUCCUCAAAAAUAGGAAAUAAGGAUUAAAAACCUCUUUAUUACAUUCUAAUACUGUGGCUGCCCAAUACCCAAUAUAUGCUAUUUCCUGUAUUUGCCUUUUAACAACAGUUUUUUGGCCUAACAGUAUCUAUAUCCUACGUAGCCAACUCCAGAUGCAGUAAUUUCCCCCAAAGGAGAAAAUCUAAGGCUUUUUUUCUUUCUUUCUUUCCUUUUUUUUUUUUAGUCUGAGGUGAGGUUUAUUUUGGAGUUAUUUUAUUUUAUAAAUUUAUUUCCUUAUUUAUUGGCUGCAUUGGGUCUUCAUUGCUGCACACGGGCUUUCUCUAGUUGCGGCGAGUCGGGGCUGCUCUUCAUUGUGGUGCAUGGGCUUUCUCAUUGUGGUGGCUUCUUUUGUUGUAGAGCACAGGCUCUAGGCUCUUGGGCUUCAGUAGUUGGGGCAUGUGGGCUCAAUAGUUGUGGUGCAUGGGCUUAGUUGCUCCUCAGCAUCUUCCUGGAGCAGGGAUCAAACCUGUGUCCCCUACAUUGGCAGGCAGAUUCUUAACCACUGCGCCACCUAGGAAGUCCUUGGAGUAAUUUUAGAUUUACAGAAAAGUUGCAAAGACAGUACAGAGGAUUCCCAUAUGCCUUUUACCCGUAAUGUAUUAACCUUGCAUGACUGUGAUACAUUUGAAAACUCAAGGUCUUUGUUAGCUCUGGAAACUGGCAUCAAGUCAGAACUCUUAGGGGUGUGUGUCUCUCUUUUAGUUCUAUCAUAGUUUUGCUUACUGUUCCAAAGCAGUGGGGAAAGGGGAAGGAGAUGAGAAAUUAGCUGAAAUAAAUGCACACACACACACACGACACAGCAAGAAAGGAUAUAGCUGUUCAGAAGGUGAAGGGAAAAUUCAGGUAAAUUGAGAUAUAGGGAGGUUUGCUGAAGACACAGGGGAAGGAGUUGGGGUGUCGGCAAGAGAUUGGGGACCAGACAAGGGAAUGUUGAGUGUAUGGGUCCACCUGAGAAGCUUGGAGACACAAUGGCUAGGAAAGCAGUUCUGGUCAUUUCUUAGGGGAAGGCAACUAAUCAGGUCCAGGCACUCUGUCCUCAGCUGCAACAUUAGAGGGGUGUCAUGUCUGGGGAUGGCAGCCCUACCCGAGAACAUGUGCAACUCUAGGGAUCCUUGUUUUGGGUGUGUGGAGAGUCUUGGUAAGGGAGUCUUUAUGGGAACACAGGAAGCUCUGGGGGAUUUUGUGAAUCUUGCUGAGGGUGAGUCCUGAGUCUGGCAGAUGGGCUGUCAUUAGGAAAACAUGACCUGCUGAGGUGUGGUGCCAUGGCUGCAGGAAGAGGCCCUUAGAAAGUACGCCAUGCUUUCAAGCCUCUAGAUCCAAGCCCUGAAGGCUUGUUCUCCAGCAUGCAGGGGGCACUGUGCCACUGGAGGAGCGUGAGGACCUAAGUGGUCCUCCUUGAGUCCUUCAGAAGCAGGCACAUCUCUGUGAGAUCUUCCAUGCACUCCUGGUGUAGCCCAAGAUAGUCUGUAUUAAUUGGAAAAAAAGUUCCCUAGUAUUUGGCCACAAGUCAAGUCUUAACAAUUUGCAAAAUACUAAUUGCUAACCAUAAUUCAAUAAUUCCUUUUUAAUCGAGUCCCUUUGAAUACACACACACACACACACACACGUGUGUGCACACACACGAUUUAAAAUAAUUGACGAAUUAAGUAGAAAUUAUAAAAAUCUCAAUAAAAUAGAGAUAGAAGAUAGUUUUCUGAACUCAAUAAAGGAAUCUAAAAAAAUUACAGCAAACAUGCAUAAUGAUCAUGGGGAACACUUUCGCUGGUGUUAGGAGCACGGUAAGGGUGAUAUCACCAGCAUAAUUAAGUAUCGCCCUGAAAGUGCUAAUGAAUAUAAUACUUUUAGAAAACAAAACUGAGUUCUAAAAGGAUAAGAGGUUUAUCUACCAUAAUUUCUAAACAGUACAACCUCCUUUAGAAAACUAAGAAAAUCAGUAGAAUUAGUAAGCACAGUUCUGCAUGACUGGUGAAGAGGUUAUCUACCUCUUAAAAUCAGUGUACUAACAAUUAGAAAAUAUGAUAGGAACAGUAUUCCAUUCACAAUAACAGCAGAAACUAUAAUAUCCCAGAGUAAUUUUUAACAAACUUUAUGGAGAAAAAACAAAGCUUUUCUAAAGAAUAAAGAGAUACAUCCAUGUUGACAGCAACUGCCAAGAAAUGUGAUUUACAGAACAAACCAAACCAGAUCCUGAAGUAUGAGAUAAAAUGUUCAAAAUCAUUAAUAAUCACAAGCAAAUAAAACAAUAAUGACCCAUCACUUUAUUAGGCUGGUUAGAAAAGGUUGGCGGCAGGGGAUGGGGGCGGGGGAGAGGAAGAUGCAUGAUGCCAAGUGUUUGCAGGCAUAUGGGGAUACAGGACCCUAAUGACGGAGGCUGUGUCAACCCUGUUCACAGUCUGAAGGUCUUUGGCCAUUCCAGUAGUGCACAUCCAUCCAGUGCAUGUUCAUGGUCACAGUUUUUCAGCUCCCCACUCUGCCCCCACCCAGUUUCCUGCUCUGGUCAACACCAAGGUUGCCUAUCUGUUACUCCCUGCAAUUGGCCGGAGUAGGGGUAGGUUUAGAUACUAAACGCCUUUAUUCUGAGAGGGUCCUUCUUUGAGGUCCUAGCUCAUUGUGGGACUGACUCCUGUGCACUUCCAGUUUGCAGCAUCCAACACUUCGAUGGCUGAGGGAAGACCGUAUCUGCCCUGCAGUGUGCCUCAACCAACUCCAGAAGUGGGAGUAGCCUGGUGCAGGGUUUGUAUUUCUCAGUCUGGGCUUUGCUGGUACCUGGCUCUUGAUAUAACCCUAGAAGUAAUGAGGAGUAGGCCCUGAGAAGAACCAACAUCAUCUUGCAAGGCAUCCACCUCAGGUAAGGCUGAUCAUCCCUGAUAAUGUGGAAGGGGCUGUUUCUGCCAUCAGGAAGAGUUCAGGGAAAUUUGGGGGUGGGUUCAAGAUUCUCAGAUUGUUCACUCAAAUAUCCCAACUCCAAAUCUUUGAGUCUUAUUCUUUCCAUGUCUGGGCCUAAUUUUUAUAUGAGACCUGCUGAGACUGUACAUUUAGUCUCUUUUGCAGCUCUGCCACUUUUAUAAUCAGAUCCUGAGCCCGAUUUUCAGCAACCUGCCCUGUGGCUGCAGAAGAUAAGGUUCUCUGGUUUUCAGAGAAUAGCUUAAGUUGAAAGGUGGCUGUCAUCUACUUUUUGUAAAAUGACAAGAUAUUGUAUUUCAUCCAAGUACUAGAGGGGAAAUUAAUCUCAGGUACGUCGUUGACCAAGAGAGAAAGAAGCAGGAGUUAUAGAGAAUCUAAGAAGGUACACAGAGUUUCCAUCCCAACAUGGACAUCACUUCUACAGCUACAGAAUAUAUUUUCUUUGCAAGUACACAGGAAAAAAAGAAAGAAAGGAAAAAAGAAAAGAAAGAAAAAGAAAAUAUAUACUUGGAAAUAAACUCUCAAUAAAUGUCAAGGAACUAAUAUUACAUGAAUUAUGUUCUCUGGCCAUAAUAAAAUUAUUUUAGAAGUAAAUGACAAAAAUAUAAUCAGAAGUUCCCAUAUGUUUUGAAAUUAAGAAGCAUACAACAAAAUAACCAUGUCUAAGAAUACACUGAAAGAGAAAUUUGAUAAUUUUUGAACUAAAUGAUGAAAAAGUAUUAUCAAAAUCUGCAGAAUGCAGCUAAACUAGUAUUAUGUAAAUUUUAUAGUCUUAUGUGUCUAUAUUCUUAGGGAAAAAAAGGCUGAAAAUUAAUGAGCUUCCAUCCAUCUAAAACUGUUAAAAAGAAAGAAAAGGAAAAUAAAUAAUAAAAGAACAGGAAAUGAAAUCAUAAAAACAAUAAGUUCAUAAAAUAGAAAAAGUACAUAAUAAAAUGAACAACAAAGGUUAAAAUUUUGUUCUUUGACAAGACUAACAAAUUGACAACUCCCUAGCAAGAUUAAUGAACAUUUUUUAAAAAAUCACAAAAAGCCAAUUUUCGGAAAGUAAGGGACAUCAUUAAAGAUACUAUAAUAAUAGGAAAAACAGAAAAUAUGAAUAAUUAUAUGCUAGUAAAUUUUUAGUUUGGAUGACAUGGAUAAAUUCUUAGGAAAGGAUUACCCACCAAAAGGAACAGGGAACUUGAAUAGUCCUAUAUUCAUUAAAAACAGAAUUGAACAGAGUUGAGAGUUUCCACAAAAAUUAGCAGAGAAGAUAUAUAGAUGGCAAAUAAGCACAUGAAAAAUGCUCAGGAUCACUAGUCACUGGGCAAAUGAAAAUUAAAACCACAACUACUAAUAUAGGUAAAAAUUUUAAAGGAAAAAAAAAUCCCCAAAAUGACAAACGUUGACAAGGACGUAGAACAACAGGAACUCUCAUACACUGCUGGUGUGGAUGCAAAAUGGUACAUCCACUUUGGAAAAGAGUUUGCUAGUUUCUUAUGAAGUUAUACAUGCACUGUCGGAGUCUAACUUUUUGUUGUUGUUCUUCUGAUGUUUGAUAGCUUUUAAGCCUAACACCUCUUUCCUCCCCUCUGUCCACAUCUGAGCAAGAAGACAAGACCUCAGCUCAGGUGCUCCCUCCCUUGAUUAUGGGAGGCUUAAACCACAAAAGCCCCUGCCCAUGCUUGGAACUCUCACCCUUGCCCCACCCAACAACCACCAUAAAAACUCCAAGCUUGGCUCCUUUCCUUCGUCUUUCAAGCCAUUUUUAGAAUGGCUUCGUAGCUAUCCUGCUCUCCCCAGGAAACCUCAUAAUGUACUCAGUCUUUCCUUGGUGUAUGGGUGGCAUUAUCAGUCUCAACAUCCAAAGCAAACUUGGCAAAUAUACCUUUGCAGGGUGACCACCAUAUCCACCCAAAGGCUUGAGCAAGGAUGUUUAUAGAAACUUUACUGAUAAUAGAGACUAGGAACAACCCAAAUGUGUAUCAACUGGGGAGUGGAUAAACAAAUUGUGGUUCAUCUACACAGUGGACUACUACUGAACAAUAAAAAGGAACAAAAUUCUGAUACACGCAAGCAUGAAUGAAUCUUAAAAGUAUUAUGCUAAGUGAAAGAAGCCAGUCACAAAGGCUACAUAUCUAUGAUCCCACGUAUAGGACAUUAUUGAAAACACAAAACUAUAGGAACAGAAACGAAAUCAGUGGUUUCUUGAGUCUGAGGGCAAGGAGAGGGGAUCAAAUACAUGGUGGCAUGAGGGAACCUUAUGGGUUGAAAACAAAUGGUCCACAAAACAUUCUGUUUUCCUUCUGAAGGCUUUACAAUGCAUUGUUAUCAUUAACCAGUCUUUUACUAUUAAACUUAAAUGGCCAAUUGAGACAAACAGUUCUGGGACCAUUCUUUCACCUCUGAUUAAGACUGAAGUAGCAGUAUUGAGGGUAAUAUUCAUUUAGCCUUCUGACCUUUCUGGGCACAACUGGUGACCUUGCCAGCUCCAGCUGCCUUCUUGUCCGCUUCUUUGAUGACACACACAGCAAUCGUCUGUCUCAUGUUACAAACAACAAAACAGCCUGGGGCGGGGAAUAGUCAGAGAAGCUCUCAACACACAUGGGCUUGCCAGGAACCAUAUCAACAAUGACAGCGUCACCACAUUUCAAGAAUUUGGGGCUAUCUUCCAGCUUUUCUCCAGAUCAAUGAUCUAUCUUCUCCUUCAGCUUGGCAAACCUGCAAGCAACGUGAGCUGCGUGGCAAGCCAGCACAGAUGCAUAUCCAGCACUGAUUUGACCUGGAUGGUUUAGGAUAAUCACCUGAGCUGCCUUCAUUGGCGGGUCAUUUUUGGUGUCAUCAGCCGCACCACCAUGAUGAACAUCUUUAACAGACAUCUCCUUGGCAUUGAAAUCCACACUGUCCCCGGGAAGAGCUUCACUCAAAUCUUCAUGGUGCAUUUCAACAGACUUGACUUUAGUUGUUAUUUUGAUUGGAGCAAAGGUGACCACCGUUGCCAGAUUUGAGAACACCAGUCUCCACUCAGCCUGCAGGAACGGUAUCAAUACCACCAAUUUUGUAGACAUCCUGGAGGGGCAGAAGCAAGGGCUUGUCUGUUGGACGAGUUGGUGACAGUGCAAUCCAGAGCUUUAAGCAGUGUGGUUCCACUGGUAUUGCCAUCUUUACAUGUGAGUGUCUAUCCUUUGAACUAAGGCAUGUUAGCAUUUGUCUCCAGCAUCCUGUCACCAUUCCAACCAGAAAUUAGGACAAAUGCUGCUGUAUCAGGAUUGUAGCCAGUUUUCUUUAUGUAGGUGCUGACAUCUUUAAUGAUUUCCUCAUAUCUCUUCUGGUUGUAGGGUGGCUCAGUGGAAGCCCAUUUUGUUAACACCAGCAAUUAAUUGUUUCUCACUCAGUGUGGAAGCCAGAAGUGCAUGCUCAUGGGUCUGCCCAUUCUUGGAGAUACUUGCUUCAACUUCACCAUCACCAGCAGCAACUAUCAGGACAGCACACUCAGCCUGAGAUGUGCCUGUAAUCAUGCUUUUCAUAAAGUCUCUGUGUCCUGGGACGUCAGUGGUGGUCACAUAACACUUGCUGGUCUCAAAUUUCCACAGGGAAAUAUCAAUAGUAACACCAUGCUCACAUUCAGCUUUCAGUUUAUCCAAGUCCCAGGAAUACGUGAAGGAGCACUUCUCUAUCUCAGCAGCCUCCUUCUCAAAUUUUCUGAUAGUUCUUUUGUCAAUCCCACAUUUGUAGAUCAGAUGGCCAGUAGCAGUAGACUUGCCCAAAUCUAUGUGCCCAGUGAUGAUGAUGUUGGUAUGUCUUUCUCGUUCCCAUUUUAGUUUAGGUUUAUCAGUGGUUUUCAUGACACCGGUGCAAAAUUAUUGUGAAAGUCCAAUAAUAUAGUUUAAAAAUAGACAAUAUAUCAUAGUCAAGACAAAUUUAUCCUAAGAAUAUAAGGUUGGUAUAAGAUUAGAAAAUCUAUCAAUGUAAGUCACCACUUUAAUGGAUAAAAGGAUAAAAAUCAUAUGACCUCAAAAGAUCCAGAAAAAUGACUUACUAGAAUUCAUAUCCAUUUAUGUUGAUAGAAAGUCUUAGCAAACAAGAAAUAAAAGGUAACUGUUAAUUUUAUAAAUGUUCCUAUAAAAAAAGCUACCACAAAGCAUCCUUACUGAUGCAACAUUGAAAUCUUCCCCUUUGCAACCAGGAACAAAACAAUCCACUAUUACUUCUGUUGUUUAACAUUUUUAUUGGAAAACUGAGCCUGAGCAAUAAGGUAAAUAAAACUAAAUGCAUAGUGAUUGGACAAAUGAGAGAACAGUAUAUCCUUUUUGGAAAUAAGAUGACAAUGUAUGUACUAAAUUCAAAAUGAGCUUACAAUAAACUACUAACAUUGAUAAGAUAUUUUAGCAACUUUGCUGGAUAAAAAAAUGAAAAGAUAAAGUCUGUGUUUCUACAUACCAGCAAUUUAUAAAAUAAAAUAGAUAUUAAUUAUAAUGGAAUAACAAAGUUAAAAGUACCUGGAAAUAAGUGUACCAAAGUGUGUACAAUCUUUUCAGGUAAAAUUAUAAAUCUUUACUUAGAUCUAUUAAAGAAGACCUAAGUAAAUACAGAAUUUGUUUUGUUUUUGAUCGAAAGGCUCAAUGGUGAAGAUAAAUAACUAUAUUUAAUGUAAUCCCAACAAAAUCUCAACAUACUUUUUCUCUGGAACUUGACAAUCUGAUUCUAAAAUUUAUAUGCCAAUACAAAGAGCUAAGACCGGAGUGAUGUCAGCACAAUGGCUGAAUAAGAUAUCUCUUACACAUACCCCCUCCCACAACAAAAACUUGACAUCCAUUCAUGGACAAAAGUACCCUUGUUGUUGCUGUGGGAUCCAGCACCAUAUGCAAAGGACCUGAGAGGAGUCUUGCUCACUGUGGUCUCAGGUAACAGGAGUACAGAACUCAGAACCACCUAUGGAUCUUGCAGUGGCCCAUAAACUGGCUCCAGCUCCAUCUUGGCCAUAAUACAGAAGGCCUUGGAGAACCCUAAUGACCUUACAGAGGUCCAGGAGUCCAAUGGAGAAGUUGUAGCACACCAUUGGAGCAAGAGAAAUCUGAGACUGGGUGCAUCGG